AUGGAAUUCGAGCCGCUUCGCGGCUCAUGCUCUUGCGGUCGAAAUGCAUACCAAAUCAAUAUUCCGGACGACGUGCAAGAUCACGCCCAAGUGUACUUCGACAGCAGUCGAGACAAUCGUCUAUUUCAUGGCACACCUCUUUCAGCAUGGCUCCGAGUUCCUCUUGCCUGGUAUCAAUCCCACACUCAGUCCUUCUUCCCAGAUGAAUCUCACACUUCCAUUCGCCGCAUUUUUUCGCCACGCCAUGCACCCCAGACCCAGCGCGUCUUUUGUGGCUACUGCGGUACACCUUUGACAUUCUGGACGGAGGAACCCAUUGAAGAAUCUAAUUUUAUGUCAGUGGCGAUUGGCAGUCUGCUAGCGGAUGACCAGCGCGCACUGGACGAUUUAAGAUUACUUCCUGAAGACUUUGAUGAGGAAGCUCCCCGUGCCGGUAUCUCGACCUCAUCUGAUCUAGCACCAGCCUCAGAGACCGCUUCAUCUUCGGUUAUUGUUCCGUCAUCUAAUGAAUCUCCGAAUAUCUCAAGGAGUCUACAAUAUGGUAGAACGGGGGGAAUCCCUUGGUUCGAAGAGAUGGUAGAAGGGAGCCGCCUGGGUCGUUUGAUGCGUUCUCGGCGUGGUAUGGGAGUCAGUGAUGAUCAAUCGACUUCAAUCCAGUGGGAAUUUAGCGAAUGGCAUGAUGAUGGAACCAAUGCAUUUGUGCAGCAGGAGUCGGACUCCCGCGGACACUCUAGGGGGAAGAGGAAGCGUGUGAACCAGGCCGAUGCUGAGUUUUGA